GGCUAUUUACAGACAUACGAUAAAAACACAACUGCACUACUACGCCAUCUUGGAGGCAUUGUCUAGGGACCAGACGGGCUGUUGGAAAGGAGCCCUGAGUACCACGGUGAGUUUCAUCUAUGAUGAUGAAGCUGAUUAUGCUAUUUAAUUAUGAGCAUUUGUGUGGUAGUCUUUGUGAAGACCACUCUCAAAUUUAUCAUGGCUGUUAUUCUUCUGUAGACCCAAACUACAUCAACAACAGUGACCCAGGGAAGCUAUGUAUUCACAAAUGUUGUCAAUUUUGGUCAAUGUCUUCCCAAUAGGGCAAUGAGCAAACAAAACAAACGUAUUAAAUUAGGAAUGACAGAGUUAAUAUGUUGACUUCACAUCAAUUUCAGACUCAACAGGUCCAACGGUCAACAACGUUAAGGGUCCAAGUGUCAACAUCAAAUCCCACCACAGCCAAACACAUUGAUCUGAGAUUACCUGGUGAUUCACAUGUCAACCAUCAGACUGCAUGGAUAGUGCUUACUGUCAUCUUGGUUUUCUCUGUACUUGCAUUUCUCUUAUUCAUCUAUAUUAAGAAGAGAAGGAGAAGAUCAAGAGCCUUUUGCAUCAGAGAUAAGGAGAAUACGCUGUGCUUCAAGGUCAGCCUUAAAGACUGCCUCCCAUCAGACAAUAUCCUGUAUACCAACCAACAGUCACGGAGCAGUAAGAGAGCAGAGGUUUCUCUCCUACAGUCAGAGACCAGGAGCCUAGAGGACCUUUUGAGUCCUGACCUCCAGUGGGCACCACUGCAGAUGGUUCUGGACAACUUGGAUGUUCUAGAGGAGCUUGUGAUUCUGCUGGACCCGGAGAGCCCUGGGGUGAAGAACACCAGCCACCUAGCAUCUCGCUGCUCCUUCCCCUCCACCUGGAUCACCUACACCUACUCCCUGAGGGACAGCAAGAGCCCCCUGAGGGCCGUGCUGGAGGGGGUCACCACCAAGCAUCCAGAGUGGACUGUAGGACACCUGGCCAGGCACCUGAGAGAGAUGGACCGGAACGAUGCAGUGGCGGUGCUCACCAAGCUCACAUUUCUUAAGGUUGUCUAGUCUGGGUGUGUUCUGUGUUGGGUCCGGAAAAGAUAGCUCCAUCCAGAUACAGCCGCGAGUCUCUACCCCUUGCCAAGGCACUGCUAUAUAACAGGAGGGCCAGUAGGAGGCAUGCUUUCCUAGGGGACCCCAAAGUCUUUUACUCUGUGUUAUACUUUAAAAUAACCCUACCACAUAGAACAUACAGCUUUCUGAACCAGUUCUGGGAGAGGUCGUCAUGGUAACUUCAGGUUUCCAACUAGUGCUUUCAAUGCUUCAUCGAACACACAGGCCAGCUCUGCAGGACAUUAAAACCAAGUUACUCUUAUUAUAUUAUCAUCCUCUUUUUUGCAUUAGUAUUCUUUAACAUCGUUCAGAACAACUGAGGUAGAAUCCUGGCAAGAGGUUGGGGAGUGGAGUGGGCAUAGAGAAACGUACUGCUCUGAGCGAUGUUCCCACAUCCGGUUUUCAGCAGAAAAGGAAGCUAGGUUAAGGAUAGCUGUAUCUCUGAAAACCAGAUGCAUCCUGUUAUUGGCAAACUCUGCUAAGGGUGUUAGAUGAUUGACACAUGGGAAUACAGGCUCCAUCUCACCGAUUGGUCGCGCAGGCAGGCGGGCUUAAGAUCUUCCUUACUGGGUGUUAAAUUCCAAAAGGACAGUGCUCAUUUCCUUUAGAAUAUUAUCUCUAGCUUGAAGGGUUCUCUGUAGUACGCAGAUGGGAAGAAUAGUUUGGACUCGUAUGCUUGAUAUUCUCCUGUUAUAAGGCCUGCCGAAUACUAAGGCCUGCUGUACUCUCUCCAUAAAAAUUCUACCAGAACAAAUAAAUAAAAUAAAAAACUUUUAAAAAAGACCUGCUUUAGAACAUUGUCUUGUGUAAAGGCUGAAAUGUAAUACACAACUGUCCUCAAACAUCAGGGUUCAAAUAAAAGACAGAAAGAAGAGGAAACUGUGGGUAAUUUUUGGUUAACUACUCUAUCUCACUUAGGGCCAGACAACAUAAAAAACAACUAUAUGAAUUAUGCAUGUUGUAGAAUGAAAUGCCUAUAUGCCUUAAAUGCUUAUGGAUUAGGAACCAAUUGAAGGGUUAAAACAGAGCAGAGACAUUUCUUUAGUGCAAAUGCUGUACUUCUGAUAUACUAUUAGUUAUGGGUGGUUUGUGAAUAGACUUUACUAAUGCCAUGUUCUAGUUCGCGGGUAAAAGAGAGUCAUACUUGCUAGACUGUAUCGGGCUGAAAGGGACAUUUUAAGCAGAAGUCUGACUGAAUAGUUGAAUGGAAAACAUUUCUUCGACAAAUUUUAAUUGUUAUUACUUUAUUCUAUAGUUUGCGUAACACCAGUGACAUAUGCAACAUAGUUAAUGAAUUCCAAAACGAUAAUUUGUAUUUGUUGCGUGGAACAGUGGAUUGCAGGUAGCUUUGACUAUUACGCUGAUGGGACAGCACCAACUCUUUGUGCUAUAUUUUAAAUUAAAUUAAUGCAAUAGGCUACAAUUAUAACAUUAUCAGAAAAAAGCACAAGCUAAUGCAAAACAGCUAUUACCUACAGUAUGUCAUUGAUCCAAUAAUGAUACUAAGAUAAUAGUAAUAAUAGGAAUCUAGGUAGAAGAUAAAGAAAAUAAAAUAAUAUUAAAAGGAAGGAACGUCUGAUGUAACAGUGUGUGAGGAAAUGGAUACCCUAAUAAAAAACUGUAAGACAGGAGAGAGAGGAGAGAAAAGAAAAAAGAAGAGAGAGAAGGAGAAAGAACCAAAAUUAGGCUAUCAUUGUACACUGCAAUAUGAUUAAUAUCAAAAUAAUUUGCUAGAACAAUUAUGGUUAAGGAAGGCAUGAGGUUAACCAGCUUCCAUGAGAUUGCAAUAUUUUGUAAUAGGAAAACAAGGUUCACCAAUGGAAGCACAAGAUGCUCUAGGAUCUGAUUUCAUACAGACCUGGUUCAUAAAACAUUUAGUGGCCAAGGGAUGACAGCCAAUGUUGUUGUUUAGUUUUUUGAACGCAUGAAUCACGAUGUGAAUCAUGUGUCCAAGGGGGGAGUACUGGUUAAAACAGAGUGACUGUAAAAGGCCGCUGUUUACCAGUACUAAAGGUAGACAAACAUAAGUGGUGAUUGGUUCAUGACCUGAGAGCAGUAAAUGAAGUAGUUCAGGAUAAAGCAGAAGUGCCCAAUCCACACACACGGUUAACAAACCUUCCACCAGAUGCAAAAUGGUUCUCAGUAAUAGACUUAUGUGGAGCAUUUCUUAGUGUAACUUUAGCAUAAGAAAGUAGACACUUGUUUGCGUUUACUUACGAAGGACAGCAGUUUAUAUAUUAAAAAAUAUAAACAAGGAAUUCGAUUGAAACAAACAAUUACUAGUUUGAUGGAGUACAGUGGAAUUAUCUUAAUGUUUUGGUUGUAGUUAAAACAUUCGGGGGGCUGAUUAAGAUGUACUAUAGUGAAUGUUAAAGAAAUGUACACUUUCUUUUCCAGGAUAAUUGGUGUUUCAUUAUCUCUCUUUGGAAUGUUUCCUGAGUCUGAGCUGAGGAGAGCAGUGAGUAAAAUUUGGCCGUAAGAGGGAGCUACCAAAUUAAAUCUUGGUACACAAAAUGUUUGAAAUGUUGAAAAUAUCAUUAAAUAAUAUCUUAGAUAAAGGGGAAGGAAAUGGAAAGACACAUUCAUUUACAUGGGGUUGACUGACAUCUGGCCUUUGUUCUGACUUUCUGGUGGGGCCUGAUCACCCUCCCUAGAAAGCUAGAGACAUUGUGUGAGAUUGAUAUGUAGUGUGAAAAUACUAAUAAUUAGGAAGAAGUUUAUAAUUUAGCAAUAGGCCUAUGUAUAAUUCAUACCAUAACAAGGACAGAGAAAGAGAAUUAACUCUGAAUGAGGGACAUCUGUCGAUAAUACAUUUUAUUAUUCCUUGAAUGACUUUAUGAGAUACAAGUAAGUUAAGGUGUUAUCAAGGGUUAUUAUUCUAAUUUGAUUUGGUGUUUUGAUUUAACAGACAGUGUUGUUUUGUUCUUUGGGGUCUCAACUCUGACACUAAUGAGCUAUUGCAUGCAAGCUAACAGAAUAACGCAUCUAACACCGCAUGAAAUGCUUACGGGUUGACAUGCCUGUGCCGGUGCUUAGGGGACCAUAUGAGGGUCCGCCUCUAUAGCAAUUGGAAAGGGAAUUAGAAGGGUAUAUCAGGCAACUAACUGUUAUACAUGAAGUUUUAUACCAACAGGAGAGAAGCAGAGUUCUAAAACCAGAGGUGAAUCCACCACGACCAGUGGUCCCGGGGGAGAAGGUCUACGUCAAGGUCUUUAGAAGGAAGUGGAAUGAACAGAGACGUGAGGAGCCCUACGCCUUCUUCUAGGCUACACCAACUGCCGUAAGGAUAGAGGGAAGUUCGACCUGGUUUCAUCUAAACCACUGCACCAGAGUACCGCAUGGAAACCGACGAUCAGAGAUGAGGAAGCUGAGGAUGCCGAGACCCUAGUGACGAAUGAAGGUCCUGAGCGAAAGGGACCAACGCCGGCCCGGAGUAGUGGCCCAGAAGUAGGUGGUCAUCGUAGAGGGAGUCCUGAGCGAAAGGGACCAACGCCGGCCCGGAGUAGUGGCCCAGAAGUAGAUGGUCAUCGUAGAGGGAGUCCUGAGCGAAAGGGACCAACGCCGGCCCGGAGUAGUGGCCCAGAAGUAGAUGGUCGUCGUAGAGGGAGUCCUGAGCGAAAGGGACCAAUGCCGGCCCGGAGUAGUAGCCCAGAAGCAGAUGGUCAUUAUCAGAAGAGAGCCCUGCUGGGCCCUCACAACAAUAAGGACCACUUGAUUGCCCUUAUGGCAACCCAGAAUGUCUGUAUGGUGUAGUGGCAGGAGGAGGACAGGCAACAGCUGAAGAAAAUUGGACUUGGCGAUAUCAAUCUUUCAGAUUGAUAUCCUGUUCCAUAUUACUUUAGUAGUGAUAAAGAUUACAAGCAGUAAUUAAGGAAAGUAGGUGAGGCAACAUUUAAAUUGAUUCUGAGGUUGGAAUUAGGAGUCCUAUAUUGGACGCCUAGGGAAAACCUGGAAUCCUAAAAAGAUAGAAUAGGCCUCUCUCAUGUUUUCUCUAUGUAGUAUAUGCAUGUAACAUAGGGUGUCCGGUUACAAGUGUCCAUGGACAUGUCUCUUAAUCCCCUAAACAGGUUCUGCUUAGAUUCAGAAAAUGGUUAUUAGGGAGGUGUCCGAGAGGGAGAGCAAGCAUUACUAGCCUUUGUAAAACAUAAGGGAUGAUAUUAUGAAGAAGAAUAUUUAGUAUUUUAUGUAUUGCUUAUGCAACUGCAAGAUAACUGCCUUAAAUAGAUAUUAUGGUUAAAACAAAGCUGCACUCAUAGGUUAAUAUUUUAAGUAGCAACACUUAUGUUUAUUUCAAGUAGAAACAUUUAUAUUGUCACUGUUUUAAUAAGUAAUGUUUUAAAAAUAUAACCUUGAUGCAAGAAUUGGGCCUUAUAUCUAAACAUGUUGAUUUUUAUGUUAGUCACUGCAUAUCCAUGUAUUCAUAUAUUUGUUACUAUAUACAUUUGCAGUGUUUGGGUGUAAUGAUAUGGGCCUUAAUUAGGAAGUCCCAAAGGGGGGAUAUGUGGGUCAUUUUUGGUUAACUACUCUAUCUCACUUAGGGCCAGACAACAUAAAAAACAACUAUAUGAAUUAUGCAUGUUGUAGAAUGAAAUGCCUAUAUGCCUUAAAUGCUUAUGGAUUAGGAACCAAUUGAAGGGUUAAAACGGAGCAGAGACAUUUCUUUAGUGCAAAUGCUGUACUUCUGAUGAAUGAAAUUAUCUAUCUAAUUCCCUGCAGCUGGUCUGGGUAUGACAACGACAUGUGAUGGAGAUGAAACUUUAGGAACAGAUAAGGAUCUGUAUAGACCCAUGUUGUUUCUCAUUGCGGCUGUGUGGAGAUAGGAGUAACAAUGGAACUAGUGUUGUCACUUGUUUGUGCUUAUGACCUGACACACAGUCACAAGGUCCAGGGAGGAUGGCCGUUUGGGAAAGGUUUAAAUGUAUGUGGUUAUGGACAUGUUUAAACCAUGUUUAAAUAUUAAUGGAUAUGUUUAUAAUGUGGUAUGAAAUGAAAAGGGUAAAACAGAAUGAA